AUGGUUAAUAUUUCUGAUAAUGAUGAUGUUAUGGAUGUCAGUUGUGCAGGCUCUGAUAAUUCUGACAAUUUAAUGGAUACAUCAGAUGGUUUAUUUCAACAUGAACAAAACUUUGAAAAGAAUAUUAAUAUAUCAGAUGAUGUGGUCGAUAAAAAUGAUGAACUUUUAAAUAUUGUUAUUCCUCCACCACCGGAACCAUGUAUGCGUGAUGAUGGAUCUGGAGAAAGAUUAGUUAUUUCAUCAAUUGAUGUAGAAAAUUUUAAGAGUUACUAUGGUAGACAGACUAUUGGUCCAUUACAUAAAAAUUUUUCUGCAAUAAUAGGACCUAAUGGUUCAGGGAAAUCUAAUGUUAUUGAUUCCUUGCUUUUUGUUUUUGGAUUUCGUGCUUCUAGUAUUCGAUCUAAGAAAAUUAGCUCACUGAUACAUAGUUCAAAUGGAAAAGAAAAUAUAAAUUAUUGUUAUGUUCAGAUAAAUUUUGUUAAAAUUUUUGAUAUUGAUGAAAUAAAUUUUAAAAUUAUACCAAAUACUGCUUUUAGUAUUGGAAGAUACGCUUACCAAGAUAAUUCAAGUAAAUAUUGUUACAAUGGGAAAAUGAAACAAUAUAAUGACAUCAAGAUGUUGUUAAAAAAAGAAGGAAUUGAUUUGGAACAUAACCGGUUUUUAAUUCUUCAAGGUGAAGUUGAACUUUUAGCUUUAAUGCCUCCGAAAGGUAAAAAAGAAGGUGAGACGGGAAUGUUAGAGUAUUUGGAGGAUAUUAUUGGAUCAAAUAGGUACAAGGAAUUUAUUGACAAAUUAGUUGCGGGAAUCGAAGAUUUAUCUGUUAAGAAAAAUCUUUUUAUGGUGAGAUUUCAAAGAAUUGAAGAGGAAAAAAACAAACUUACGGAAGAUGCAAAAGAAUGUAUUUGUUAUAUUAAAGCACAAAAUGCACAGUCUUUUUUUUCAAAUGUCAAGUUUCACAUUGAAAUGUUUAAAGAGAUGGAUUCUAGAGAUGAGAAAAAACAACAAUUAGAUAUUCUUAACGAAGAAACAAAAGAAUGUGAAGCAAAAAUUAAGGAAUUAGAUAAAUCACAAACGGCAGAAAAAGAAAAGUUAAAACAAUUACAGGGUGAAAUCGAUGCAGUAAUAAGUGAAGGGGACCGUUUGAAAAAUAAUUUAAAAAAUGAAGGUGAAAAGCGUAAAAAAGCUGAGGCUGACAUUCUUAAAUUUGAGACAAAACUUAAUGAUUCAAGUAAAGCUUUGGCGAAGGAACAAAAAAAGUUAUCUGAAUUGGUAUCUGCACCGGAAAAUUGUGAUAAGAAAAUUUCCGAAUUACAAAAGGAACUUGAGGAAUAUGAAAAAAUAAUAGAAGAAAAAUCUGUGAUUGUUGAUGAAUCUCUUUUAAAAUUUGAAAAAAUGUCUGCAGAAUUUGCUGAACGGCUAAAAGAACCGGAAUCUAUUGUUAAUGAAUUAAAACUAAAAGAAAGUGAAGCUUGUAAUGAAUUAGCAUUAGCUCGCCAAAACCAUUCAAAUUUAGUUGCUCAAAAUAAAGCUGGUGAGGAAGAUUUGUCGAAUAUUAAAAAUUCUAUUGCAACCACAGAAAAUGAAUUAAAAACACUUGUAAAGUCACUAGCAGAGUCUACUGAAACGUUGUCAAAAUGCAAAGAAGAGCUUUCUGAAAAAGAAAAAAAACUUGAGGAAAUUGAAAUUGAAGAUCAGGAACUUGAUCCUAUCGUAAAAGAGUUAAAAGUUAAGAAAGAUUUAAUAGAAGAACAAAAGCAAAGUCGACAAAGUCAAAAUAAGGUUGUCGAUGCUUUAAUGACUUUCAAGCAUUUAAAAAAAAUUGAUGGAAUAUUUGGAAGACUUGGUGAUUUAGGAGGUAUAGACCCAAAAUAUGAUUUUGCUAUUACAGCUGCUUGUCGUAAUCAAUUGGAUUUUAUCGUCGUUGACACUACAGAAACAGCUCAAGCUUGUAUAAAGUAUUUGAAAGAAACUAAAGGUGGUCGUGCCUCUAUGCUUAUCUUAUCAGAACAAGUAAAAAGAUUCUCCAAACAUAUAGGCCCUAUUAAGGUACCUAAAAAUUCUCAACGUUUGUUUGAUUUAAUUGAAUGUAAUGAUAACAAGCUUCGUUGUGCUUUCUAUUUUGCAUUACGUGAUACUCUUGUUUGUAAUGACAUUGACACCGCAAGAAAAGUAGGUUUGGAGGGUGAAAAACGAUGGAAAGUUGUUUCAUUAAAAGGUGAGAUUGUUGAAGUUUCUGGUGUCAUGACUGGUGGUGGAAAAAAACCUGAGGGUGGUAAAAUGGGAAGAAGUGCUAAAGUUGUUACUUCAAGUCAACAAGAGGAGAACGAAUAUGAUGAAAUUAUCAGGGAAUAUGAAACUAAGUAUCAAAGAUUGAAUGAAGUACGUGAUGAAAUUGGACGUUUAAAAAAUCAAAUUAAUACAUUAAAGAGAGAAAUACAAAUUUUAGAAACCAGAAUAGCACAAGAAAUGGAGAAAAUGCGUGAACUUUCUCAAAAAAAGUCUAAUGAGGAAGAGAUAGAUUUGUUAAUUGAUAAAAUUGAAAGGCUUCAACGAUUAUAUGAAAAAUGUCAAGCUAAGACUGCUAAAGCUAGAGUUGCUGUAACUACAAUCUGCAAUGAGAGAGAUGGAUUGUAUGAAAAGAUAGUUGGAAUUCAUGAAGAACCCUUAAAUCAAGUGAAGAACAAAAAAAUUCAGUGUGAAAAAACUAUAAAAAGUGAAAAAAACAAAAAGAGUACAGCUGUCUUGAAUGCAAAAAAAUGUGAAAAAUCUAUUGUUAACAUUCAAAAUGAAAUGGAAGAAAUGGAGCAAAUGCUUAAUGAAAAUAGAGAGUUUUUAGAUAAAAAUUUUAAGACUACUUUUGCAUUGGAAAAAGAAAUUGAGGCAAAUAAAUUGGCAGAAGAUGCUGCUAGAAAUGCUCUUAAAGAUGCAAUGGGGCGUACUAAAGAAUUUAGUGAAGAACAAGUAGUAUUAACAAGACAGUUUAAUCAGUUAUGUAAUGACAGGGAUGUUAAAGAAGUGGAGUACAAUCAAAUAGAGAAUUCAAUUAGGGUAAUUAAAAAGAAGGUUAAGGAGUUAAAAACAACGGAUAUCAGUUCAGUGGCAAAUAUUCUUAAUGUAACAAAUGAAGAGGUAAACUCUGCAGAUUUUCUAUUUGACGCUGGAAAUGGGACAAUUGUUGGGAAUCAUGGUGAAAAUGAUAUAACAGUUAUUGGAGAAAAAGUUGAAGGUCUUUCAGAAUGUAUGUUGUCGGGGAAACUUCCAAAGUAUACACGUGAAGAACUUGAAUUAAUAAAUCUUACUGAUUUUAAUAUCAACAGCUCAAUAAUUAAUAUUAGAUUUAAACAAACAAAAAAGAUUCGUAUGAGUGUACUAGAUGAAUUCAAAGCAGUUUUAGAAAAAUAUGAGAAAGAAAAUGCUAUUUUACAACAAAUGAAUAAAAAGCUAAAACAAUAUUCAGCAUCACUUGAUAAUUUAAGGAAAAAAAGGCUUAUUGAAUUUUUGAAUGGAUAUACACAAAUUCUUCGUCAUUUAAAACUUAUUUACCAAAUGUUAACAUUGGGUGGAGAGGCUAAUCUUGAAUUGGUAAAUUCAAUGGAUCCAUUCGAAAAAGGAAUUAGGUUUUGUGUUAGACCACCAUUCAAGACUUGGCGCGACAUGUCAAGAUUAUCAGGUGGUGAGAAAACUUUGUCGUCACUUGCUUUGGUUUUUGCACUUCAUCGCUACCGACCAACACCCUUAUAUGUUAUGGACGAAAUUGAUGCUGCUUUAGACUUCAAAAAUGUUACAAUAUUAUCUCAUUUUGUAAAAAAACAAACAAAGAAUGCUCAAUUUAUUAUUAUCACAUUACGCAACAAUAUGUUCGAAUUGGCAGAUCGAAUAAUUGGUAUCUGUAAACAAAGUGAUUGUACCCAGAAUGUUGUUAUUGAUCCACCACUUCUCGGAACUGAUUAA